AUGACACGCCCCACGUGCAGGGCGAUCGUGUCCAGCCGCCAGGCGAUGGAAUUCUCGCCGUUCUGGUCGGCAGGAGGGCCCACAGGGAAUUUGGCCACAGAAGCUGCCGCCAGUUGCCCCCUCGUUCUCGUCUCCUCUUUCCCUUUGGACGGUUCUAGCAUGGCGGAGUUCUCUGCGCGUCAGUUUGGAGGCCGGCGCACAGACAUCGCCAGGAGACGCUGUGCUUGCUGUUUUGUCUCCGCCGCCUCGAUUUGCUGUUCCUCCUGCUCUUCCUUGUGGGACGGACGAAGAGCCGCCAAUGCAGUCUCGGGGGGGCUUUUGUGGAUCGUUCCUCAUCCUUCAUUGUCCUGCUUCUCCUCCUUGUGA